UUAUUUGCGAACUUGAGGAUACCAUCAAUUCCAGACCGCGACGAUAAGUUGAAAUUUAUCACGAUUUUCUAGCAAUUUGAACAGUGGAUCACUACAAAAACGUAUGAAAUUAGUGUUAAACAUACUGAAGACAAGAUAGUUUGAUGUGUGAGGGACAAGAGCCGUAGCUAUGGCAGAUGAGAAGAGCUUGGUCUCUGUGGUUGAACAUCACACACAAUUACUGGAAGGAGUAUUGGAAGGAGUCAAGUUGAAGUUCAAACUCAAAGAUGCUAUGCAAGAUGUUAUAGAAACGGGUAUCUCUCAACUUGGCCAAUCAAUUGGAAUCUACUACUCUCUUUUCACAAGUUUGAACAUAGUAAGUCGUUCAGAUCUAGAAGGCCUCUUCAAGCGUCACUACCACCACCAGACUGUUCAAGAUGCUGUCUCAGGGCUAGAAGAUCUUGAGACUGAAUGGGACCAUUUCCUUGAAAACGCACAAAAGCAGAUGUCUGUCGUUCCUGAAGGGAUACAUAAUCCCCUUAAGCUUAUUGUGGGAUCUCAAGGACCAUGUGAUUUAACGGUGAAGAAUGCAAGGACUGGGGUAAUGUCAACAUUGUUGUCAUACCUGGAUGGAACACACAGUCUUCUUCUUGUUCUACUCCGACACUUUGCCUGACAGCCGUGACGCACCCACGUGGCCGAACUCCAGACAAGGCGUCCAGAGGUCGAGGAGGCCGGAGGUCGUGUCUUGAUUGUCUCGUUCGGCUCACAAGAGGGUGCACUGCAGUGGUUAGACAUCACUGGAUGUCAGUUUGACAUGGUGACAGAUGAGGAGAGGAAGAUCUACAAAGCUUUUGGCCUCAAGGUGUCCAUUCAUAAGGUGUGGCAAAUCAGUUCCAUGAUGUAUUAUGCUGAGCUGAAGGCUGCAGGUUUCGCACUGCCAAAGAAACUGGACAAUGUUGUGGAUGACCCUAAUCAGAUGGGUGGUGAUUUCAUCCUGAAUCCUGGUGGUGAGGUAUCCAUGGUGUACUGCAGUAAGUUACCCCAUGACAGACCAUCCGUGGAUGAACUCCUCCCAAACCUCAAGAAAAGGGCCUUCAAAGAGCCAGCUGAUGAUACUGCAUAGACAAUCAACUCUCUUCUUCGUCUUUCUCAGGGAUCUUGUAAUCAGUUUGGACACGUACAGGAGAUCAAAUCAAGUCAUUCUUCAUUUACAAUAUAUAUUUUGCAAUGAUAUGGAUUUUAUAUGAUUGAUCAACGGGUCAACUAUACAGUGUGUCCCAGAAAAAA